AAAUUUUGAGAAUUAAAUCGUCAACAAGACUUGUAAAAUUUUAACAAGAAAUAAAAAAAAUAAUUUAAUUACUAUUUUAAAUAAUUAGUUAUGUCAGUUCGAGUCAUUCCGCACAGAUCUCAAGAAGAGAUUUUUGAACUAUUAAAUUUUGCGAAAAUUGAUAAAAAUUACAUGAAAAACUAUGUCCAGAGUUUUUACUUUGGUGAAAACUUGCACCAUGAAGAUGUUUAUCUUUUUGAAAUUGAUAAGAGCCUUUUGGAAGAUUUGAAGAGCAGCAGGAGUUUCGUGAUUCGCGGUGGUGCAAAUGACACAGCAGUCCUAUGCACAGAAAGUAAAACAUUUGAUCUGAGAGAGUCAGAGACUUCAAACUCUCUCCUCCUAUUUAAGGGUGACCUGUCUAAAUGUCCACCACCAACUGCUCUUGCUGCCGAAGGUGAUUUCGACACGAGGUCAAGAAAGGUUGAAACACUGAAGCACAAUUAUUACGAAUUGAAAGCAAGAAGAGCACGAUUGAAGAGACUGAAGGAGAAGCUGGAUGAGCAUCCGUACAGCGCGUGUGACACCGAUCAACACGAUUUGUACUCAUUUGAAGAUUUGUUGGAUGAAGUUCAAACAAGUCAUAAGGAGUUGGAAGAUGGUCUCAAGAGUCUACAUGCAUGUCAGAUUGGAGGUUACUGGAGGUUGCUCGAUUUUGAAUAUUUGUGUUCACUGUUUCGAUCAGUGUUGGCCAUUGUGGACGAGAAUGGCUGGUCGUACCAUUGCAUCCCAUCACGUCAGCUGGAGCAGGCUCUCAUGGAACUGUAUAAGAGAGAAAUAACUGAUCACGUGAUGGGCCUUUUCACCAUAGAACAUGACGGCAAAGAAACCUGCUCAUUGAACGAACUCGACACGUGUCGUCUCUAUGCCGAGAUGAUCCUCAAAACAACUGCUAAAUUCAACCUGGUGGAAUUCUGUGAGACGUGGCAGCUUUCCGUUCCUGACGGCAUGGUUACGGAUUUAAAUCAACUCAAGAACUUGGCAGUAAUUGACCGUGACAGCAAACCGGAAGUUAUUCGAUACUUUCCCGCUUGUGAUCUACCUGAGGAUUUGCAGGCCAGGUUUCAAGUUCUUUUCAAGACGAAAGAAAAAUGGACUUUUGAGGAGAUCACCCCAUAUUUAGAAGAUUCAUGUACUGGCAAUACGAACGUGGGCAACCUGCUCAUGAAAUAUGCAAGACUAUCAACCAGCAGGGGUGUCAAAGUGUACAGUUCGAAAAGGACUUGAUUUAUAUCCUAUCGUUUUCAACGUUUUUUUGAUCCUUUUCAAUAUUUUCAAAGCUCGUGAGCAACAAUGUAACUAUAGAAAAUAUUGUAAACUUUUAUUUAAUUAAAAAUAACUUUCUGUAAAGUUAAAAUUGAAACAAGAUGUAUUAUAAUGUUAACGAAUCUGUAUUUCGUGCAAUUAGAUUAUUUUAUUUAAUUAAAAGACACAUUUAUAUCAAGCAGGGCUUGUUUGAGUCAGCAUACAAGUGAAUUUGUGAUUUAAUUAACUUUGAAUAAAUAACUCAAUAAUAUUAUUAUCAAGCGACAAAACUCAAGUUCGUAGUUUCAAGAUGAUUUAAAAUGAACAAAAAUUUUUGGUGGCCUUGAAGGAUAUUGUAUUAAAAAGUUUCUUUUCAAGCAUGCGGGACCACGCAUAAACGCGUAAAACGGUCGACUAAUUCUCGGCAUGUUGGUAAAAACGCCAAUUUGUUUGUCAUGUCAUCUCUUCCUAAGCUGUUGUCGUCAAUUUAAAUGUCCUCCCUGUUUUUCUUCUAUGGCAAAAAAAUCGUAUAAUCAUUCCUUGGUCACUCAAAAAUGUCCUUUAAUGAAUUGGUUUAUAAAAAUUCGCAUUGUUAACAUUUUUUUGCUUUAUUAGCCUAUAUUAUAUUUAAUGCUUGUAAGAAGUUUUCACGCUAAAUUAAUAUUACUUCAUUUGUUGUACGUUGACAAUUUUGCGUUUUAAAGAAGAUGAAAUUUUGAAGAAGUCAUGCAAGAAGUGAAUGCAGGCGUCAUAUGGCUAUUUGGGAAACUCUCGCCUCACCCUGGUGCCUCGCUGUCGGUAAUGGAAAGAUUAGGACGGAUGAAUCGAUUGGUUGGUUUGAUGUUGAAGCGAUGGAAGAGAGAUUGAGUGAGAGGGAUUCCGGGCGAUGGUGCUGAUGGUGAUGUUGGUGAUCUUGCAAGUAGUCGCCGUAUAACUCGGGCGUGAUUUUAUCUUCCAGAUUGGAAUAGCGUAGCAGGUAGAGGGAGAUGUUGCUGAUGGCCGCCACCAGGGAGCAGAUAAAGGUUGCCCCGCAGAAAAAAAACGCCCACCCGUAUCGAUACCGGAAUGCUUUCUCCAGGUUGUCUGAGGUCUUCUUGCGGUGUGAUACUUCGUCGUUCACUGCGGAGAUGUACAUCACAAUUCCCAUGGCUAAUCCUAAGGCUGCAAAUAUGUAGACGACGGCGCUUACGAUGGUUUUGUAGUCGUUCUUUGUUGUUCCGAGGAUGCUGAGGGAGAGCGCUAUGAGAAGCACGAACAAGCUGGCCACGAUCACGAAGGCUGAUUUCCU